AGCUACAAUUUUGCGAAUAUCAAGGUGGCUUCGCGGUGGUGGUGACUGCUGCUGUAUUUCAAGGCAUUUGCUGUUUUAUGACCGCCUGGUGGAUCUCAGAUACCUUCGUUUCCUUUGGAACAACCUUUGGAACGAGGGCUGGAACUGGAAAUAGGCUAACCGCUGCCACCGUUGGCAUUGGUGUGUUGGCUUUGGCAGUCGGUUGCUGGCAUUUAGCAAAACAGCGUUGGAUGAAAGACUUGACCGAAGGGAAGGUUGCGGGGCAACGCUCAUCUGAACCUGUGGCGAGCUCGACGAAGACUACUACAAUGGACAAAUCUGGCAGGCACAGCGACUCAAAUAACAACAACGACACUUCUAGUAAUGGCAAAAGCUGCAGCAACAAACAUUUGUCAGACCUGCGUAGAGAAGAAAAAAAUGAUGAUAGCCAAAUGCAAAACCGUCCGCAAAAGCAUUGCAGAAAUCGUCAGGGUCGUGGCCUAAAAUCAAGUCGCCAGUCUCGAAAAUCUACCAAUUCCAACCCGGGAAUCAAAAAAAACAAUAGCGUGCCGAACUCACCUCACAAACCAACCCCUUCUAUCAACGGAAAGGGUCAUUCCUUGGUCUGUGCAAAGGUCAUGAAAGCAGGCAAGUGUUGCCUUGGACAACCUGACUGCCUCAAUACAAUAGUUAAUAAAGGGCGAAAAGGCCGUAAAGACGGCAAAGAUAACAUUUGUCACCGGGAUAAAGUCGAAAACUCCUCUUCGGUCUUAAUUAGGUGUUCUGAUGAGUCGGAAGAUGAAAAAUUAGUAACCGAUGUCGACUCCUAUUCCGCGAAUGAUCUUCAAAACGAACAUAGCUACUUAAUCGUGUCUGGGAAUGAUGUUUGUGAAAAUGAAGCGGUCGAGUUAGUAACUGAAAAUGUUGUUAAUGCGUCCGAAAAUGCGAGCUGUUGUAUCUCAAAAAACAACGGGAGCAAAGAAGAUCUCGAUAAUAAUUGUUGUACGAACAACAAAGAGACUGGCAGCGGUGAGAACGAUGGUAUUGUUAUGGUUGUCGAUAACGACAACGACGCACAGGUAGAGGAAGAAGAGGAUGACGACGACGAUGAUGAGGGUGCCGGCGACGAUGACAUCGAUUUUCCAUCACUUUACGGUAUUACCUUCCAGAAUAGGGUCGAAGAGGAAGAAGAAGAUGGAGACGAUGAUGCCGACGACGACGACGCGAUCGAUGACGACGAAAUGACAAACAACGAUCAUGGUAAUGUCGAUGGGUCAAGCGUUCACCAUAUUGGGACUAGAUCAUCAGCCACUGUAAUUACGAAUCCCAUGCAGAUGUUAUCCUUCAAGGAAAGCGACCCCUCCGUUAUUUUUUCCGGUGCCAGAGCAUCCUUAGCGACUCCGGGAAUUCCAGACAGCUUCGCGUAUCCGAUGUAUCUUCGGCCCGACAUACUUGAUCUACUCAAUGAGCGAGCCAAACACAGCCCUCCAUCGCAGGAUCCUUGGUGUGUGCGCAGUCCCGUGUUUCAAAGUAGGCUACGUACCUUCGUGGGUGAAUCUUUACUCGACGCUUCCGUAUGUGAGCUGGGCGCGUGCAUAUUCGUCAACGUUAUGACAAACGGUUUAACGGAGCCCCCACCAUCAUUUCUGUACGAAGAGGGACAUCAUCUCAGCGCUAAUCACGCCAACAGUGCUCUCAGCUAUAAUAGCAUCACCAGUGCGGGUGCGAGUAUUAGUUGCAACAAUCGGCCAAAGUCUGCGCAUCCAGCUCUCUUUACUGACAAUGCUAGAAGCACAGGAGCUACACUCACCUAUAAAGGCAGUAACAACAGUAACAGCAACAGCAGUACUUCUCCAGGGUGGAGUGCAUUCACGAACAGGCCUACAUCGCGACCUGGGGCAUUCAGCGACUCAGUCCCGACCGGUGGCUCCCACACUCCCCAAAUGGUUUUCACCCCUCAACAAAAGUUAAGAUCAUCGACACGCGUUGAACGUCCUCAGUCAGGUCCAGCUCGGUCCAUCACAAAACAGGUGUCCCCUAUCGAUGAACUAACCGAGCUGUUUUCGCGUAGCAGUGUUCGGACAGCUCCUGGUGGCAUGACCAUGGCGCCAAACCCAGGUAACCCGCAGGCUGGUACACUGGGUGCCCUCAACCAGAAUGUAUUGUACGCUGCGAGUGGAAUGAACAACGUAGCCAGUCUCACCCAUGGCAGUCGCGCAUCGACGCCUUCAUUUGGCCAUUCUCCUUAUCCACUUGGUACGGCAAGCGCAAACGGCGCAGCCAACGGCAUCAAGACGACACACCACCAACAUCAGCCCCCGCAGCAGCAGCAGCAGCAACAGCAACAAAACCAGUACCCAUUUCUACGGAACAGUCCUGCCGAAGCGAAUUCAAUACUAUCGUCAUCCGCUGGAAACAGGCUAGGAGCUCAUCUCGACGUUCUAGCUUUCCCCACUCCGAGUCCGAAUGGCUCGAAUCAGUACAGCAGUAAUGCACAGCAGUCGAGCUUUUCGGGCUCCCCUCAGCAGCUCGGUGGCUUCAGCUGGCAGCUUGGUGGACCCUACUCACACCAACAGCAACUCCAGCAACAAUCGCAGCAGCAGCACAAUAAACCGUAUUCGUUUAGGACGAACCUUUCCCCGUACGCCAGAGACGGGAUCUACAAAACGUAUCAGGCUGGCGAUACUGCCUGCAACACGACAAUUUAUGAUCCCGUUACUCUCUGUAUCGUCAAAUUUCAGUCUAAGGUGCGGGAAAGUAAUUGCCACACUAUCAGCUCAAUCAACUUAAUCAGGAAAAACUUCAUCCUGUAAUUAUAAUAGUUAUUAAGCGCAUCAUCUCGCUAACGACCUAGUACGCAUGAUUAAC